GACGAUAGAUCAGUGAUCACAGAGUACAAUUUGGCUUUGGAAUUUGGAUUUUAGAUCACAAACAAAGUUUGUUGACACACAUUUACAUUAAAGAGAGGUUAGGUGUUUAUUUUGAUUCUACAAAAUAAAGUAAAGCGAAAGUUUUAAGUAGAGCGAUUAGUAAAAAGUAAAAACUACUUUUAUAAUGAUUGACAAAGUUUUAUAUAACACUAUACUUUGUCAAGCGUUUUCGCCUUGCGGAAAAUAUUUGGUAGCCGGUGAUAUUUAUGGAGAAAUCGGUAUUUUUGACUUAGACGGUAUCCUGCGUCCCGAUCCAGAUUUUAUUGCUCCGGACUAUAAUAAACCCAAAAAAAUACACAAAAUCACUUCAGGCGCUUCAAUAUGUAGUCUAGCAAGUAUAGAUAAGUUCCUAAUAGCUGGUACAGUCAAUGAAAUACUUGCUUGGGAAUGGAAAGCUAUUGUAAGUCCAAAAUUAAGUAAGCCUUCAUGGACUAUCAAGAUAAAAUCUCAGACAUUUAUAGAACAAUGUGAUAUAAAUAGUUUAUGGGUAUCCGAUGAUGCAGAGAGACUGUAUGCUGGCUGUGGAGAUAAUAAGGUGUAUGUUUUUAACUUGGAAGAUGGUAGCUUAUUAACUAAGUAUGAGGGCCAUGAAAAUUAUAUACACUGUAUUCAUGGAAACAAUAACCAAUUGAUAUCAGCGGGGGAAGAUGGUUUAGUAAUGCUCUGGGAUCACAGAACAGGGAAAGCUCAAAACAAAAUAGAGCCACAUAAGAAUAGCAAGGUAGCUCGCCCUGACAUUGGAAAAUGGAUUGGUGCUGCCUCAUUGGGUGAAGAUUGGAUUGUUUGUGGUGGUGGCCCUCGUCUCGCACUCUGGCACUUACGAUCCCUUGAUGCAGUGACUGCCUUCCACAUUCCUGAUCACGGUAUACACGUGGCCUCUUUCCAUGAUGACUGUGUAGUCGCUGGUGGAACAUCAAAGCACUUGUACCAGCUCAGUUAUUCGGGAGAGAUCAGAGUUGAACUGCCAGUGUCAUCCACAACAGUUUACUCUGCAAUUAUGCGAUCAGAUCCUAAUAAAGUGCUAGCUAUCGCUGGUUCCAGUCCGGAUAUUGAUUUGUGUACGACUUUCAAUUAUAGAGAUCAAGUGUUGAGAUUUGGAUAAGGUGGAAAUAUAUUUUUUAACAAGCC